GCCAAUAAAGAAGCAAAAUCGUCGCUCCUUUCCCUCUCUCCCAUUAAAACCAACUUCUUCCCUCGUUUUCUCAGGUUCUCCGAAACUCUCUCUCCAAACGAACAGUCUUUCCCCCUAAAUCCUCGCUAUUUCCACAAACCUUGACAAAAACGAAAAAAGACAUUUAUUUUCUCCCCGCCCUUAGAAGGACACUGCAUGAACUUAGCAACGUUGGAAGAAGAAAGAGAAUGAAGAAAGUAAGUAAGAAGAGGAGUAAUGGUUUCUGCAUGUGUUUCCAUCCUGAUGAUAUGGAAAGAGGUUUCGCCGUUGGACCAGGAGAAGAGCAGUCGGAGCGGGUCAACCCGUUUCUUUCUCCCGCCGUGGACAUGUGUUCGGACGAUGUAGACAAGGAUUUUACUGUCGGUUCUUUCGGUCGGAAAUGCAAACUUGGUCGUCGGAGUUUCUCCCGUUAUGUCAAAGCCGUUUUCUUUGAAACUUCCCUGAUGAUGAAAAUGCGAAACAAAAAAUUUGGAGAGAAGCUCCAGCGGUCUCACAACAGUGUUAAAUCCAAACCCAAGAAAGUUUCCCAUCCAAAGUCAAUGGAGAAAUCAUGUGAGGAUAAUCCCUCAACCAGAAGUUCUACAUUUGCAUCUUGUUUAUGUACAACAUCAACCACGAAUUCAUCAUCAUCCUCAUCAUUAUUAUCAUCAUUAGCGUCGUCAAAGUGUUCAUCAUCAUCAUCACUCUCAUUACCCGAAAAGCUGGAAAACAACAUGCAAGGAAAUGUUGGAAAGGGCUGCUACGGUUAUAACGUUAGUAUGUGUUUGCUUCUCGUUACCCUGUUUGUUUUGGUCUUCUGGGGUAAGCUUUGUGCAAUCUUUUGUACUUCAACCUGGCUCUUCUUGGCCACUUGUUGGAGUAUCAAGCUUUCCCCAUCAUCUUCAGGAAAUUAUGCAGUUGAGCAUUUUCCUGAGAUUGAUACAGACAAGUUUUACAAGAAGAAGGUUAUCAUGGAAGGAUUACUAGAAAGGAACCAUAGUUCAAUUCCUCAGCCUUUACUGAAACAAUGAUAACCCAGAUCAGAAAGUAUCAGAAACCCUUUUUCUUUUUCUUCUUUUCAAUGCAAUUUUUCUGGCAGUUUUUGCCUAUCCUGGGGUUCUUGAUUUGCAAUCUAUAGUUAUCAGAAAUCAGGCAUUUAGAGCUAUUUUUUUCUCUGAA